AUGUAUAUACAAGUAAUUUAAACACGAUGGAAAAAAGGUAUACAAGAAAUCAAAUAAUUGUCAGAAAUCAAAAGUCUCCAAUAUUAAUAAAUGAGUAGCUAGCGAAAAAUAGUAUAAAUAAAGUACUGUGAGAGGAUUAAUAGAAGAUAGAGAUAUUCAUAGGCUAAUUAUCUUGGGUAUAUAGUAAAAACAAGUAACCUCGAUAUUUUAAGAUAUUUUUGUUAACAUUAAUCUAUAGGUUUUUUAAAAAAGAUGAAAUAUUCUUAAAAUUGAAAGACCUGGUAAUUAGAAUGAUAAUAGAAAGACUUAAGAGAUUUGUUAUGCUAGUGAUUAACUUCAUAAAAUAUAAUAGAAAUGGCAAUAGGGAUUAGGUAUUUUAUACAAUUACUUAGGAUUUCAUAUGGGAAUAUUGAAUGCUUGGGUAGAGUGUAUGAACAUGUAUUUUAACAAUGGAAAAAGUGCUAUUGAGUUAUUGAAAUUAAUAUAAAAGAGGG